GCCUGGAGAGCAGCCCCGAGAACCUGCAGCCGCCCCGAGAGCCGCCCGCCCGCCCCCCAGAGCCGCCUGCGCCCCGAGAGCCGCGGGGAGAGCCGCCCGCUCCCCACCGCCCAGAGCUACCUGCGCCCUGAGAGCAGCCUGGGGAGCCGCCGUCCAGCACGGAGCCCGCAGCGCUGCGCCUGAAGAGGAUGGAAGGGCUUCAGAGGGGCAGAUACGGAACGAUGGCUGAAGGCAGAGAGGAAGACAACUGGUUUGCAACAUCCACCUCACUGAGGAUCGUCCUGGUGGGCAAGACAGGCACUGGGAAAAGUGCCACAGGGAACAGCAUUCUCCGCCAGCCAGUGUUUGAGUCCAGGCUGGGGAGCCAGCCUGUGACCAAAACGUGCCAGGGCGAGACAGGGACCUGGAACGGAAGGAACAUCCUGGUGGUUGACACGCCCUCCAUCUUUGAGGCAGAGGCUCAGACCCAAGAGAUGUACAAGGACAUCGGGGACUGCUACCUGCUCUCUGCCCCCGGGCCCCAUGUAGUGCUGCUGGUGACCCAGCUGGGGCGCUUCACUGCCCAGGACACGGUGGCCGUGAGGAGGGUGAAGGAGGUCUUCGGGGCAGGAGUCAUGAAGCACGUGGUGGUCCUCUUCACCCACAAGGAGGACUUGGACGGCGAGUCCUUGCACGAUUACAUCACACACACGGACAACCAGAGCCUGAGGAGCCUGGUGGGGGAGUGUGGGAGGAGGUACUGUGGCUUCAACAACUCGGCCACCGGGGAGGAGCAGAAGGCGCAGCUGGUCGAGCUGAUGGCUGUGGUGGGGAGGCUGGAGAGGGAGAACGAGGGCGCCUUCCACAGCAAUGACCUCUUCUUUGAAGCCCAGAGGCUGCGGCAAAGGGGGGGCGGCGCCUGCGGGGAAGGGCACAGACGUUACCUGGACAGGGUGCGGGCGCAGCUGGGAAAGCAAAGACGACACCUGACAGACCCCAGGAGCAAGUGGGCCUGCGGGGCGCUCCUCAGAAUCACAAGAUGGAUGUUUUCUUGCAGUGGGAUAGCUGUUGUCCUCAGUAUAUGCAUUUUGAUUUUUCUUGCCGCUUUAAUUAACUUGAGUAUUACUCAUGGACACUGAGCAUUUUCAGUGAUUUCUGCAAUCAGCUGACUUAUGUUUUCAGAGUCGCCAUCUCUGUGUCAGAUUCUUUGUUUUUUACAUGAUUUCACGUUCUUUUGCUCUUCGUCACAUCAGACAUACUGUCCAUUUUCUUCAAGUGCUCUUAGGUCAAUAAAAUCCAAAGGAAAAAUUA